ACUACCCCAAAUUAUAACUUUGCAUAAAAAUCGAGCAAGGAGUCAAUAUACAAAACAAAUCGAAGAAAAUAAAUUAAAAAUAGUUGGUUUUUUGCAAUGAAAAUGCCGAGUUUAAUAACUUAUGAAAGAAAGCAUUUAACCGAAGCGCAGUAUCGUGCUUUAGGGUCGUAUAUCGCAAGGAAAAGAUUGAAAGAAGACACAUACGAGAAUGGAAUUGCAAGUAGUGAUGUACCCGUUGACAACCAAACACUGCCUGAAGAAGAAACGCUCGAUAUUGAACCAAAAAGUCCUGUAAAACCGUCUCCUCGACAAAUACGAAUGGAAAAGGAGAAAGAAUUGAACAGCGUUCAGACAGAACUAGCAGAACUCGAGACGAUGCUCGUCAAAUUGAAAGAAAAAAAACACGAACUCUUUGAAGAAGUGAAAAGUUUAGUAAAUAAGGAAAGAGAAGCAAAAGAAACACAAAUGCAUGGCUAUCUCUCGCCAUUUAUGCAUCAUCCUGGCAUUGGACCAGGACCAGGAAUGAUGAUUUCACCUUUUCGUCCAGGUAUGAAAAGACCAAAGAGCCCCUCUCCCCCACCCGUUCAGAUAUAUCCCUCUUCAAGCAUACAACAGCCAUUUCCUCCAAUGCCAAACAACAGAAUGCAAGGUCCUGCAGAAAGCAUGAAUCCAAGUUAUCAAUUCCGACAGAAUUACCCUCAACGGAACCUACGACAGCAAGUUCAUGGAUCCCAUGGUCCUAAUUCUCCUCAACCCAGUGGCAAUCAAUUUCCUCCUGUGGACAGAAAUUUCCCAUCAUUUGGAACCCCUCAAAUGUCUGACAACAGAAUGACGAGUGGACACUCCACCAUCCCACCCCCGCCUCCACCAGCACAACCACCUUUCAUGCAACAAAAUAUGCAACAGAACCCAUCCAACGAUGGUGUACAAGGAUUUAGUGUGUCACCUUCAGGAAAAGACCGACCAGGUUUUAACAAUCCUAGUAGCUACCGUCCUUCACAAGGAGCCGGGUAUACGAAACGUGAUGGUCACGGUGGUAAUCCUGGGAACAGGUCACGUUACCAUUAGAUACACGAGAGAGAGUUCUGACUUCUGAACUUCUGGAUGGUUAAGCCCCAAUCACACACAAGAGAAUUCAAUUCAAGUCAUUGAAAAAUAUAUCAAAUAGCAAAAAAACGUUUAAAAAUCUUUUUAUUCUACAGAAAAAUUGAAAGAACUAUUUAAAACUUGUGUACUUCAAAGCCAAUGGUAAAGAUAUCCAACUUAGGCAAUUCCUAAGACCAAACUUGCCAGAAUCUUAAAAACUAAGUUUUUAAAAUGCAUAUGGCUAUCGCGUGAAUAUUGAAAACAAAUUAUUACCUACACUCUACAGUAUGUAUUUCGUUGCGAUAAUUGUAUUAGUUUUAUUCUAAAAUUUAUACUGACCCACUGCCUAAUAAAAAGGUAA